CUAGGCACAUGUUACACGCGCAUUAUAUUAUGCGCAUAUAUAUGUGCAAUGCGUGAAUCUAGAUGGAGUGGGUAUUCCCCGCAUGCCGGAGACGAUCGGCGAUCAAGCAUUGAGAAUUUGAGAUUACAUUCUGGCUGAAAAUGUCGGUAUUAUCCCAGAUUAUUUCGAUUGUAAAGUUUGCAAAGCAGGUUCAUGAUGCUGUUGAAGAAGUCCAAAGAUUUAAGGAAAGGAGUAGGACUCUUAACAAAUAUGUUGAACUUAUAGUUCAGCCGUUAGAAAUCCUGCGAGAGAAAUGUUCGCCGGAGGAGCUUGAAAGGCAUCGCCCAAGUCAACCGGGUGGGUCCGGAGACGCUGCCGAUGGUAGCGAACGCCCCUGGAAACCAAUGCUCCUCGAGUUCCAAAACUGUAUUGAGCGUAUCCUGAAAUUCCUGAAGAAACUCUCAAAUCAGUGGUGGAUUACGAAAAUCUUUAAGAAGGAUGGGAUUCGUUAUACAUUUGAUGGCUUUAACAAUAGUCUAAUGACCUUGGGGCAAGGCCUUAUUUUAUCACUUCAGACAGAAUUCAGGACAUUGUUCACUGAUGAGUUAGUAAAGCAGUGGGAAACCACCUUCAAUCUGCUCAACUUAUUGCAAAAUGAUGUGAACGAUAUAAAAGCAGAUCAGAAAACUCAAGGUGUGGAUAUAGCAGACACAAAGGAAAUGGUCAAGGAAAUAAAAAUGCUCCAGCAAGUAAAAAAACCCACAGAAAAUGAGGGGCACAUCAAAUACUCGGACUUAAGUGAUGUUAAAAAUCUUCAUGAGGGAAAGUAUGGGCCUAUCUACAUGGCUAAACACAAGUGUGAAGACAAGAUGCUGGUUUUCAAGACUUUUGAAGACAAUGGGGUUGCUGCAAGGAAAGAACUGAAGGAUCAGUGUAGGAUGUGGAAAAUGCUGAAUUUUUCUCGCUUCAUUGUUCAUCUCUAUGGAUACACAAUUGAUGACAAUGGUUGCAUGUGCUUCGUAGUUGAAUACAUGCCCCUUGGCACCCUCCGUAGUGUGCUCCUUGAUGAAGACAAACAUCAGUUACCAUGGGAACGACGAAAGAAGAUUGCCUGGGAUUGUGCUCAGGGUCUUGCUGCAAUCCACUACGGACAAGCAAAGACGUUGCUACAUAGGGCAAUCACCUCUAAUAGAUUCAUGUUGAAUGAGGACUACAGAGCCAAGAUCUCUGAUAAUGGCUUUGUGAAGUCUGGGUCCAAGAUAAGUACGAGUAAAUCAUCGGCGACAUAUCGUGGAAGCCUGGAUGACGAUGAAACUAAUUACCUCUGUCCUGAGGAGACGGUUGAACCCUUCAAGAGAACCAUCAAGAGUGAAGUCUACAAACUUGGAAUAGUGUUUUAUGAAAUAGCUGCAAGGAAAAGACCAUUCCAGGCGAUGGAAGAAAGAGAUGCGAAGCAAAUGGAAAAAGUAAUGAAAUGGAAGUUUACCAAGAAAGGAAAGAAGGAAGAGCCUCCUUCGGAUACGCCAGAAGACUUCAAGCAACUUAUCAACCUUUGUAGAGAAAAAGAUCAAUGUAAUAGACCUUCUACCAAUGAUGUUGUCUGCACCCUUGAGAAAAUGUGUGUUCCAGAGCUUGAUGAAUAAGAAACAUAUACCGUGUUUACACAGUGACACGGCUCGGGGGUUCGACACGCGAGCCGUGCUCAACACGGCAAUUUUAU